AUGGCGUCUGGUGAGUCUGGCCGUCGCCAGUCGGUGUAUAAGAUAUUCGGAGAGCCGGUACGUAUCAAUGUCUGUUUGCUGUCUCGCCAUUUUGCUGCUGCCAUGGCUGCCCGUCUCUGCUGGCUGUUGAUCUGGACUGGCACUCUUGCAAAAAGCCCACUUCGUCUCCCCCACUGUUCCCGCCACCUCGCCCUGUCCACACUGCAUCUUGUCUUCUUGCUGUCCGUCUCUGCUGUCCUCGUCUUCUCCGUCUCCUUCGUCUUCAUCAUCGUCUUCAUUCUUCGACGAGAUGAAGAGCAGGACGGAGAGGACGAGGAUGGAGAUGGGGGAGUCAAGCCACUUUUGUCAAACACAGCCUCCGGGAAUAUGGAGUGUGGAGGCAGCAGGGUAUAUAAUAAGGGGGAAAGCCCCUUUUCGCCAGUACAUGAGGGAGUAUAUACCUACCCACGGCCGACGGAAGAAGGCAGGAAGACAAGAAGACAAGAAGACUGCAGCAAGAACACAAGAAAUGCAUGCAAGGAGGGAACUUCCUCGCUGUGGACGACUAAGCGGAUGAACAGCCCGCCAGUUGUGUUAGGCAGCAUCCAGGAGGCCAGGAGGGCUAGCUAUAUCAAAGCUGCUGCUCUAUACCCAGACCCUCUGCUCUAUACCCGCGCCCUGUCUGUCUCUAUCUUCUUUAAAGCAUCCUCUGCCUACCACCCAUGCCCUGAAGAGUCUCCGGCUGCGCAUGAUGGCAAGCAUCGUACUCUAGAACGUCCAGCUAACAGCAAGAAGAAUGACGAUGCAAAGAUAUGUGUAGUUAUGGUUGGCCUUCCGGCCCGGGGAAAGAGCCUUAUCGCCGGUAAAGCAAAGAUCUUCAACGUCGGGCAGUAUCGCCGACAAGAUACUCCUCGGCCCACAGCGGCGUUCUUCGACACUUCUAAUCUCGAUGGAGAACGGUUACGUCGAGCAGCAGCUGAAGCCGCAGUUACAGACAUGCUUCACUGGUUCUCAACGACCGGUGGACAGGUCGCUAUCCUUGAUGCUACCAACUCGACAAAGGAACGCCGCAAGUGGAUCCGUGACGUGUGCCAGUCCGCUGGGAUCGAGCCGCUAUUUGUUGAAUCCAAGUGUGAUGACCGGGAACUCAUCAUGAACAAUAUCAGAGAAGUCAAAACUACUUCUCCAGACUAUGUUGGACAGGACCCGGAAGUAGCUGCCCAAGAUUUCAUGGAGCGGAUCAGCAAUUAUGAAAAGGUGUACCAAACCAUAGAGGAGGAUGAGGAUGUAUCGUACAUCCAGCUCAUCAAUGUCGGGACGUCCGUGGUGAUCAACAAUAUCAAGGAUUACCUGUCUAGUAGACUCGUAUAUUAUACUAUCAACCUUCACAUUAAGCCCAGAUCUAUCUGGCUAUCUCGACAUGGAGAGUCUGAGUUUAACCUUUCAGGCCAAAUAGGCGGAGAUGCCAACCUAUCCAGCCGUGGUGAGGCAUAUGCCCGAGCAUUACCCUCUCUUCUCAAAGAAUCUGGUGUUCCUCCCGGCACCAAAAUUGUUAUCUGGACCUCAACAUUGAAACGUACUAUCCAAACUGCCCGUUUCCUCCAGGCAGAAACAGGAUAUGACAAACUUGAAUGGAAAGCCCUUGACGAACUCGAUUCUGGAGUCUGCGAUGGUCUCACUUACGAGGAAAUUGCAGAAAGAUAUCCCGAAGACUUUAAAGCCCGUGACGACGACAAAUACAACUACCGCUACCGAGGUGGUGAAUCUUACCGUGACGUCGUCAUCCGUCUUGAACCAAUUAUAAUGGAACUCGAAAGAAGCGAAAACGUCCUCAUAGUCACCCACCAGGCUGUCCUCCGCUGCAUAUAUUCUUACUUCUUAAACAUGUCCCAAGAACAGAGUCCAUGGAUGGAGGUACCACUUCACACGCUGAUAAAGCUUACUCCUCGUGCCUAUGGAACAGAAGAGAAGAGGUUCAAAGCAAAUAUCCCUGCCGUCUCGACCUGGCGUGGCAAAGGAUCGUCUGCAAAACAUCAGGAACCCGCUUGCCAGCCUGUAGCAAAGUAA